CUUCCAUUUGUGUACACCAUAUGUAGAGAGAGGCAAACCAUUUCCCACUCAGACUGAGAUAACCUAUCCGAUGCUGGAAACAUUUUAUCCAAAGGUAGAUUUACCACAGAGUCAUAAUAUUUGAAUCAAAAGUUUCACUGGGAAGUUUUGAAUAGUUCUAAGGGAAGGGAGGCCUCUAUCAAGGGUAAGUUUCUCAGAGAAGAAGAGUCAACCUCUUGGGAAGGCUUUAAGGACCAUCUGUGUGGUCAGCCAUGUCCUCAUUCUGACGUCCAAAUUGUUCUGGGACCCUCCACUGGGGUUGGGGCAGUCCCAGAUUUGGACCACCCCCCACUCCCACGCCCAACCUCACAGUCUCAGCUGUCUCACUGAAUGUUGCAUCAGGGAGAGUGAUGAAAUCAGUGUCAGCGGAUUUUACCCAUGGAUGCAACAGGCUGAAGGACUGGUCAGGGUCAUUGACACAGUGCACCUUCAACUCCCCAGAAUUCCUGGACUUCCUAGCUGUGGGGUAGGGACUGGGUGCUGGAAUAUCUAAAUUUGACUUGUAGUCCUUGCUUAAACUUGUAUCCCAAAAGAACCACCACCUGAACCCCACAGAUCCUAUGAAACGUUGGGCCACUAAGGUUGAGGAAUUAGAUGAUUCUUAGCAGCAAAUCUCUCCCUCCAAGAACCCUUCUAGCCUCCACAGUGAGGUCUGAAGUGGGAGCAGUAAUACUUUAUACGGCAUUAUAUGGCUUCCUAGUUCACAAAGUGCCUUCGCAUCCAUUCUUUCCCAGUGAAAAUAAUUGUUGCCAAGGGAGAAAAAAGAAGCCCCCUUGUUCUUAGAUAGAGGGCCCCAGAAGGGAACCAAACUUCAUUCCAAACUGAAUGGAAUCUCGCUAUCCUAUUGGGAAAUAAAAUGAAUGGUUGCAUUUUGGCUUUUCCUCAGGCAGGAAAAGGUAAGGAAGUUAGGUGGGGUGUGGAGGGAAUUAAGCUUUGAGAGGCCAAAAAGUGAGGGAAAGAUUGAACAGGAAGAAACUUGAGACUAGAUUCAUUUAAAUAUUCAUUCCUCCCACCCCCACCCCCUCUACAGCCAUUUCGAUUCAUGGAGAGCAUUACACAUAUGCCCCAUCCCAGGCCUCCAGCCACAGCAACCACACGUCUCAUUUCCCUUGGAACUGAGGCUGCAUACCUGGGCUCUCCACAGAGGGGGAUGAUGCAGGGAGGGGAAUCCCACCUGCUGUGAGUCACCUGCUAGUAUAAAGGGCGGGCCUUACAAUGCAAGGACCUUAAAAAGAGACUCAGACAAGGGGAGAAAAACAGCAGGAAGCAGCUCAGAAACUCAGUGAACAACAGAAGGAAGCAACAAAGAACGCAGAGCAUCAGGCUCAGAGCAAAGGGAAGUGGGCAGAGAUUCCACAGGGACUGGUGUGAGGCACAGGGCCAGCCAGAUUUGAGAAGCAGGCGACAAGAUGCUGGGGAGCAGCAGGGCUAUGCUGCUGCUGCUGCUGCUCCUGCUGCCACCGCUGCCCUGGACUGCUCAGACCCGGGCUGUGCCUGAGGGCAGUAGCCCUGCCUGGGCUCUGGGCCAGCAGCUCUCACAGAAGCUCUGCACGCUGGCCUGGAGUGCACAUCCUCCAACGGGACAUGUGGACCUACCAAGAGAACAGGGAGAUGACGAGACUACAGAUGACGUCCCCCACAUCCAGUGUGGAGAUGGCUGUGAUCCCCAAGGACUCAGAGACAACAGUCAGUUCUGCUUACAAAGGAUCCACCAGGGCCUGGUUUUUUAUGAGAAGCUGCUGGGCUCAGACAUUUUCACAGGGGAGCCCUCUCUACUCCCUGAUAGCCCAGUGGGCCAGCUUCACGCCUCCCUCCUGGGCCUUAGGCAACUCUUACAGCCUGACGGUCAACACUGGGAGACUGAGCAAACUCCAAACCCCAGUCCUAACCAGCCAUGGCAACGCCUCCUUCUCCGCUUCAAGAUCCUCCGCAGCCUUCAGGCCUUUGUGGCUGUAGCUGCCAGGGUCUUUGCCCAUGGAGCAGCAACCCUGAGCCCCUAAAGCCAAAAGCUUAAGCAUGGCACCCAGAUCUCCAUGGCUCAGCAGUGCAAAAAUGAAUCAGCCCAGGAACCUGUGAGCCAACAAGUGAAUUAGUCCAUUAAUUCUAAUGGAACUUGAAAAUGUUGAAAAAUUACCAACACUGACUAAUUUAUGAUACUGACCUAGGACAAAGUUGAGUAUUUAUUAACUAGAAAGGGAACACUUGAGAUUAUUUAUCCUCAUGGCAGCAGUUUGGGGAGGAUUAUUUAUUAUAUUUAUACUGAAUUAUGUACUUUUUUCAAUAAAGACUUAUUUAUGUGAAUGA